AUGCAGAGAGCAACCGAGGCGGCGAAGGCGGCGCUCGCGAAAGACCAGCGCCGACGAGUCAAGUACUACGACAGGCGUGUGCGUCAGCACGCCGAGUUUGAUGUUGGUGAUCGCGUGUGGGUGCUGCGCCCACCACGCGGAAAAGGACUCACAAAGUUGACGCAUCAGUGGCUGGGGCCGGUACACAUCGUUGUCGGCGCGGGCUUCGACAACUGGAAGGUGGAGCGAGAAGACACGGGCGAGCACCUGAUCGUGCACUGCAGUUUCCUGGUUUCCUGCCACUGCCCGAGUGACUCGCUCAGCAGUGUGGCAGAACGCAUACUGAGGGAGAUGGCGGAGGAGGACAACGACGUGGGGUCAGACGCAGAGGAGCCCGACCAGAACGAGGAGGCAGUGGUGCGGGGCGGCGAGGAAGCCACCGUGGCCACGGCGGACCAGAUGCCGACGGCGGAUGGGAUGGCGGCAGUGAUGGAUGAGAGGACGAGUGGUAGCGUGGCCGUUGAGCGGUCGCGUAACGCCUCCACCGAGGACGUUGCGGUGGCGGAGAUGCCCGCUCAGACGCCAGGAAUAGCGGCGACGGAUGCACGAGCGUCGAGAUCUGGUGCUGCGAGAGGAAGAGCAACACCAUCACUACGCAACUAG